AUGAUUCUUCCUGCCCCUUGGGCAUCGCUGACCCCAGCUCCCCUCGCAGGCGUGAAGGAGGUGGAUUAUCGCCUCUACCCCAGCAAGGAGACCCAGCUGCAGUGGCUGCGCUCCUACCUGCAGGCCUACAAGCAGCUCACCCAGGGGGACCGAGGAGGUUCGGGAGUGUCCGAGGAGGAACUGGAGGCUCUCUACGUGCAAGUGAACAAGUUUUCUUUGGCAUCCCAUUUCCUCUGGGCAUGCUGGGGCCUGAUCCAGGAUAAAUACUCUACCAUAGACUUUAACUUCUUAAGAUAUGCAAAGCUAAGGUUUAAACAGUACUUCAAGAUGAAGCCGGUGGUCACAGCCCUGCAGACUUCUAAAUAGCAUCUCCGGCCCGUGGAGACCCUGAGCUAUUUUGUCCUUGCUGCAUCCACAGCCCUCGCAUCCCCCUCGCCCCUUCCCCCCCCCGGCUGGGGGCGAGGGCAGGUCCUGAUGGAGGGAAGGGGGACGAGGAGAUCCAUCCCAGCCACCGGCUAAAGGAGACCCCGGACAUCCCUGAGACUGGACCAUGAGAUGCUCGAGAGGACCACGGCCUCGGAGAGGCCCCUGCCUACGCGAGGAAGCCUUUACCAUCGCCUUAAGGCCGAGUCCCGGCUCGGCCCCGGUGCCCAGCGGGUCCCUGCUUUGCUGGCACCGCUGCUGCUUGGCUUGGCACCCGGAUUGCUCCCUCCCUGCUCCCCUCGAGGGGGGAAACGGGUGCCACCAUCUGCUCAGGAGCCCCCAGAGCUGCCCAGUCGCUUUAGCUGCCCAAUGCAGACGCUGUGCCCGUCACCUCUGCUGCUCCCUCUGUCCCCUCUUGCCCACUCGGUGCCACUUGGGCUCCCACCCCCCAAACCAGCACCUUUCUCGGGGUCGGUAUCGGUGCUGGGCUGGGGGUUGUGUCUGAGUAUGGGACCCUUUUCCACAAGGAUGCUGCUGGGAUGGUGCAAAGCAGCAAGGGGAGGCCACGGCCGUGAGCCAUAUGGGCUCUGGGACCAGUGGGCUUUUGCUGGUGGGCACUGGGUGCCUGCACCUCCUGCACGGUGCUCAGCCCAUGGCUGGCUCUCCUCUUCCUCACGGCCAUGGUCUCCCAGGCUCCCAAUAGCUCCCUGCUCCCAUUGUGGCUUCCCUCGUAACAUCCCAUGCUGCCAGAGCAAGGGGCUCCCAGCUCUGCCUCCCCCAGGGCGAGGGGGGGUCAAUCCUGCCCCCAACAUGGGCAUCAUCCCUCUGUGGGACCCCCAGCAGGAGGCUGAAUGGGGCUGACCUGCUCCAUGAGCUGGGCAGAGCUUCAUCCCAUCAGCACUCGGCUGGUCCCCCAUCACAGGCUCUGGGAGGGUGAUCCUGACCCGCUGAGCACUGACCAGCUCAUGACAGUGGUUGUGCAUCAGCUGGGGAUUUGGAAUCAGACCCCUCUGCCCCUGCCCUGGCUGCCUGGUGGGUGGCAUGGGGA